UUACGACGCACAAUCAUGGGCAAGUCUAUUACCACUGAGCAGGAGUUUUCCAAGCUGGAGCAGAGGCUCGUCCAGACGGCGGACGAUGCAACCAACUGCCUCAAAGUCCUCAAAGGCAACCUCAGCGAGUUUGACAGUCGCCACAAGCUCUUCUUUGUCAACACCUCCAAGUCCUACCUGAGGAGCGGCAUCCGAGCGGCGAAGGACAAAGCGUCGGAGCUGCGAGCUGCGGCUAACCAGAUUGCAGAGUGCGAGUCACCAUCCGAAUCGGAGAUUACUGCUUCUCGAAGUGCGAUGCAUGCCACGGCCGAUGCGUUAAAUGAGAUUGCGAGAUCGGCUCGCACCUACGACAAGAACAACGUCAAGAGCAAAGGCAUCUCAGGCGUCGUGUCCUCUUUGCUCGGUGGCAAGAAGCAAGCGAAGAAGGAGUCCAAGACGAGUGAGGACAAGGAUCCUGUUGGUAUGGCCAACAACAGGGUGGGAUCACAAGGCAUUCUUCGAGCUCCCGACACUGUGGAAGAAGUUGUGACAGCGACUUUGAGCGACUGCUUCAGCGGUUUUACGGACUUGCAACAUCGGAUUGCAACUUCGGAGAAGGCGCUGUCGCCGCUGUUUGCGAAGCGUAUCGACGAUCCCGCAGAGGCUAGCUGA